UCACGAUUGGCCGGCCCGGCGGCGGAGGCGGGGCUGGCGGCGCUGGAGGCGGAGCUUGGCCGAGGCCCCGCCCCCAGGGUGGGGUUUUUGGAGCUGUGCCGGAGCCGCCGUUACCGACAGCCGCUGAUCGUCACSCUGGGCCUGCAGCUGGCGCAGCAGCUCUCGGGGAUAAACGCGAUCUUUUAUUACUCCACCUCCAUCUUUGAGGGGGCGGGGCUUCGGGACCCGGCCGUCGGCACCAUCGGAACGGGCGUGGUCAACGUGGUCGCCACCGCCCUGUCGGUGGUGCUGGUGGAGCGGGCGGGGCGGCGGCUGCUGCAGCUCGUGGGGCUGCUGGGAAUGAUGGGAUGCGCUGGGACACUGGGCGUGGCCCUCAAGCUCGGCGGUCCCAUUUGGGGUUCCCUGGCCCUCGGCUCCGCUCUCCUCUUUGUGGGGUUUUUCGCGGUGGGGCCGGGGCCGAUCCCGUGGUUUGUGGGGUCGGAGCUUUUCCCCCCAGGACCCCGCGGGGCCGCGCUGGGCUUGGCCGGGCUGCUCAACUGGGCCAGCAACACCGCCGUGGCCAUGGCCUUCCCAGCACUACAGACCGCCCUGGGUCCCUAUGUUUUCCUGCUUUUCGGGGCGCUGCUGGGGGGUUUCUCGCUCUUCACGUUCCUGCUGCUCCCUGAGACUCGGGGCCGCCCCUUCCCCGGGGGGACCCCCCAGGCCCCUCCCCCCCCGGCGCUGCUGCAGAGCCCCGAGAAGGACACGGAGCUCCAGUGUUUGGCCAUCCACGAGGAGCCCCAAAUUUAA